UGGCUUGCAAAGACAGGAUUGGUUGGAUCUUCACAUCUCAUAUCAGUUGGGAGUCCUCUGCAUCAACCAUGUCCAGUUUCUAUUAUAGGUUGUGCAGCCACAUUGUUAGUAUCGUCCGCAUCAGGUCAGGAAUCGAAGAGUCGCACAGAAACAAAACCAAUCAAAGGGAAAGUUUCAGAGAUAAUGGGCAUUGCCAUCAGUGUUCUCGGCAAGCUCGGCUUGCUUGGGGUGGACUCUUUAUCCACAGAUCAGGUCUACAAGAAGUACUUCGGCCCAAAAAACAUAAUGAAAUAUGAAGAUUUUCACCUUGCUUUUGUUGACCUUUGCAGCGAUUUCAAUUUAGUCAUGCCUGGUAAACAUUUUACUAUCCAAGCAACUGAGAUACAGAAAUUCUUUGAGAAGUGGCCGAAAGCGUCGGCGGAUCCAGGGACGGAGAGCGAGAGGAAGGCACUGCUUGUGGAGUUCAUGAAAGAACAGGUGAAGGAGUACAAGACGAGCUCCCGUGCCAUGAUGUUGACCGGAGUAACCGCCCCCCCGGCCGCCAUCCUCAUCAAGAAGGCCGGGAAGAAGGUGCCGCCGCUCAAGAUGCUCCACAUCGACCUCAUCCCCAACGUCGUCUUCGUCCCCACCGUCACUGUGCUGUUCCUCAUCGGCGUCAGAAUCCUCAACGUCACCAGAGCUGCCCCUUGACACUCCCACCUUCCUCCCCCCCGCCCCCGCGUCCCAUGUCAUAUAUGUUCUUCUCCCAAUAACUCGCACGAAACGCCAUCGAGUUUUUGCUUGAUUAGUAUGAUGAGGGUCGGGAAUAUUUGUGGCGUUAUAGGCAUCUCAAUAAAGCUGGCAAGCAGCCAGCUGACCGUGAAGAAAAAUUCCUACGUGUAAUUGCUGCUUA